ACUUGUGGUCUCAGCGGAGAGUUUGAAACACAAAAGAAAAGGGGGAUAAUGCUGCUUUCAAUUGGAGCCGGAAACUCGAUGAAAAGGACGGACAUUAUCUCAAUUCAAAAAGCUUCCAUAUCCGAGACACACUGAACGCUACAUAAGCCUCUCUGAACGUGCGGAGAAUCCAAAGACCCGGACUGGAGCUUUGUGGCGGUACUUGGCCUGGCUUGGACAACACUGAGCUAAAGAUGUCUUUAUAUGGCGGGAAAUCCGUGGAUCACAAUCACAAGGCUAAGGAUGCGUUUGUGAGAGUGCGGAGGCGGGAUUUAGAGAAAUUAACGACGGAAGUCAUGCAGCUGAGGGAGUUCCUGCCCCGAGUCCUGAAUGGUGAUCUGACUGAAAUGCUUCACAAAGCCCGGAGAGCAGAGACAAAGAAGGAACACCUGGAGCAGGAACAGAAUCAGCUGAGACAGGACUGCUCACAUCUUCAGUCCCGGCUGGAGGCAGCACAUUCUGAAUGUCAGAAAGAAAGAGAGGAGAAGUUACUGUUGCGUGAGCAGCUGUGGCAGAGCGGAGUGGAGCUGCAGCAGCAGGCCGACUUCUGUUCCACCCUGGGAUCCUCAGCCUGCAGCCUCCUAUGGAGCGGCUCGUCCAUGGAGGAGACGGUGACAACGUGGCUGGCUGAUGGAAAGCUCCCCUCCUUCCUGACUGUUGCUGCUCAGACCCUGGAGAGUUUUGUUAAGUCCAUGGAUGACGAGAUAAAAACUCAACCCGGGGACCACAACUCUCAAGCGCAUCAGUUUGUGUUGGCUCUGGUCGGGACAAUCACAAAUAUAGCAGCAGUAACAUCAGGGCGGGACUUCCUGUCCAGCUCAGGACAUGUCCUGCUGGACACGUUAAUGAAGCUGCUGCAGCUGAUGAGGCCUGCCAUCUUCCCCAAACUCAAAGUGUUGAUGCUGAUGGCUUUGUAUAAUGUGAGCAUCAGCAUUAAAGGAUUGAAGUUCAUCAUUGAGAAUAAAGAUCUCAUUCCACUCAUCUUGAUGCUAUUGGACGAUGAGCACUGGGAGGUGUGUCUCCACUGCCUGCGGCUCCUCCAGUCCUUGCUGCUGGAGGAGGAUGUUGUGCUGCUUCUCGGCUCCUCGUUGCUGGAUCCGGAGCUCCAGGCUCGGGUUGGCCGGCUCACCUCCAGCCUGCAGCCCACCCUAAAGGCCACAUCUCAGCAAACCCUGGAGGACCUGCAGGCCCUCCGAGGUCUGGUUAGAUAAACCCAGAAGUGUGAACUCUGGAUUCUGCAUCUUCAGUUUGCUUGUCGUCACCCAUUGCGGUCUUUCAGUUAGAUUUGAGCUGACCUGAAGUGGUCUGAAUUGAUUGAUUUUUUUUACUUCUAUUGCUACAGUUAAACUGUUCUUCAUUCAUAUUCAUGGUAUGUUGAAUUGAUUUAUUAACCAUAAAGAUGAUGAUUACA